GUCAGAUUGUCGGGUACAGCAACUAGGGGAAACCUCUAGAUGUGGUUGAUGCUUGGAUACAGGGUCUGAGACCUCUAGGACUUAAUGACACAGCAACUUAUUCCUCCCGUAGUCACGAGUUGACAAAGGCAUGGAAAGCAAAUAUUCAGAAGCUUAAUCUUUUUUUAAUUUACUUGGCUGGCAGAGUGGCGCAGAGUACUCCAUGUUUUUGGGAGAGGAGAGGAGGACUUCUCACCCAGCUGGGUGGCAAAGAAACAGGAGGUUUUGUUGGAAGAAUGUCCUGGAACAGUUAUUGUGUUGUUUUCAGGGAAGGAACGGAAACAAGAAAGUCCAAAACGAGAAGAGAGUCUGCGAGCUGCUUAUUGAGAAUAAGGAAAAUGGUGGACAAUGGGUGAACUGCAAGCUGCAAGACUGUGACGGCAAUGACGACAGCUUGGGAGAUGGAGGCAGCAUGGACUUGGAGGCGUUGGAGAGUAGUCAUAGUCCUGCGCUGGACAAUCAAUACGAGCGUGAAGGCUGCACUACCCGAGGGCUCACACCUCUUAAAGGGCACCCAGAAAAGGCAGACCUGCUGACAUCAGAAGUGAAGAGGUCACAGCCCUUGUUAAUACAGAGCGGAAGAUGGGGCCGGUUACGAGAUGAAGAGUCCCGAUCAUCUUCACUUCCUGACAUCCCUAAUCCAUUCCCGGAACUUUGCAACUCCUCCCCUAUCCUCAGCAACACACCUAAUAGCAGCUCCCCUCUGGAAGGGGGUCCCCACAUGGUGAAGGUGUACAGCGAGGAUGGCACGUGUCGGUCAUUAGAAGUGACAGCUGGAGCAACGGCUCGACAUCUGUGUGACAUGCUGGUGGAGAGGGCACACUGCCUGAGUGACGAGAGCUGGUCUCUGGUAGAACUACAUCCGCAUCUGGGGCUCGAACGCUGCCUUGAAGAUCACGAGUCAGUGGUGGAAGUUCAGGCCAUGUGGCCCGCAGAAGGAGACAGCAAGUUCAUUUUUCGAAAGAAUUUCACCAAGUAUGAACUAUUCCGGGGAUCUCCGUAUACAUUAUUCCCGGAGGACAUGAUCGCAGGAAACUUGGAAGCUCACAAAGGACUCUCUCACUCAGAGCUAAUACAGAACUUCCUCAACUCGGGCAGCUGGCCUGAGAUCCAAGGCUAUUUACAUAUGAAGGAGAGUGGACGCAAAGUCUGGAAACGAUUCUUUUUUUUCCUGCGCCGCUCAGGGCUUUAUUACUCCACCAAGGGGACCUCAAAGGAUCCUCGGCACUUACAGUAUUUUGCUGACGUGAAUGAAUCCAAUGCCUACUGCCUGACGCAAGGAAAGAAACUCUACAGCGCUCCCACUGAAUUUGGCUUUUGUUUGAAGCCGUACAAGAUGCGGAGUGGCACUAAAGGGCUGAAGAUUUUGUGCAGCGAGGAUGAGCAAUCCCGCACCUGUUGGCUUACUGCCAUUCGACUGUUUAAGUAUGGGGCUCAGCUCUACAAGAAUUACCAGAUUUGCAAACGUGGCCCUCAGUCUUGGACAGAUCUAAAAAAACAGCGUAGUGUGUCAGAUAGCACCUUGGUCCCUAUGGAUUUUUCGGGGUGUACGGGUCGAGUCAUAGAGAAUCCUCUGGAGGCAUUGUCUGUGGCCUUGGAAGAGGCCCAGUCCUGGAGGAAAAAAACAACUCACCGUUAUAGUCUGCCCAACCCAUGCCAAACGACCCCGAGCAGUGCAGUCAUACACAAGACUCAGGCGUGGUAUCAUGGGCGUCUAUCAAGAGAUGAGACUCAGCGGCUCAUGAUGCAGCAAGGAAUGGCGGACGGAGUUUUCCUGGUGCGAGAAAGCACAAGAAAUCCCAAAGGAUUUGUCCUGUCAUUGUGUCACUUGCAGAAGAUCAAGCACUACCUCAUCCUACCGUGUGAGGAAGAUGGCAGACCCUACUUCUCAAUGGAUGAUGGACAAACCAAAUUUUUGGACCUUAUCCAACUGGUCGAGUUUCACCAGAUAAAUCGGGGUAUUCUCUCUUGUAAUCUCAAGCACUAUUGCACUUGUGUAGCACUGUAAGCGAGUCCCGAAUGACACACUGUGAAGCUGGAGCAGGACUCUUGAAGAAACUGCAUUGACCUAAGAUGGAUGUUCCACCGACAUGAAUGAUGUUCCACUAUAUCGGGCUACUGAGUGAAAGCCAGCAUGAGUCCAGUGCUGGUACUGGAGACGAAAACUUUUGCAAAAUUGUUACUGUAAGCCUCACGUUCGUGGAUGCAAUUCUAUCAGGAAGCAGUGAAACAAUAAGCUACACCUUUUUUCUUUUCCUUCUGAUGGUAUAAACUGUCUUGUGACAGCCAGAUGACAUUUAGUGGAUAUAUUCCAGUAGAAGUGGAGCUUUCCAAAAUCUCCCAAUGCCCACUGAAAGAGGGCAUUCGAGCUGUGUCCCGACAAGGAAUGUAAAAUGGUACAUCUGUUGCCGAGCGCAUUGUACUGUAAAUAUCGACAAGGCCAGUUCACUGUCACAUAUUUUAUGCAAAAAA